AAGGCGAGCCCAGUUGCUGUCGGCCGCGGCGUGUUCGUCAUUCCGGCUGGCAGUGUGGCGAGGUUACGCGGUAGCAUAGACGAGUAGCGGAUUUUCGUCGUGAAUAAGGAGCUCCAUCUACGUCGACAUGGCUGAUCAGCUUACAGAAGAGCAGAUUGCCGAAUUCAAGGAGGCGUUUUCGCUUUUUGACAAGGACGGGGAUGGCACCAUCACCACCAAAGAGCUGGGCACAGUUAUGCGCUCUCUUGGGCAGAACCCCACAGAGGCGGAGUUGCAGGACAUGAUCAACGAGGUGGAUGCUGAUGGAAACGGUACGAUAGAUUUCCCAGAAUUCCUGACGAUGAUGGCCAGAAAAAUGAAGGAUACGGACAGUGAGGAGGAGAUCAGAGAAGCAUUCCGUGUCUUCGACAAGGAUGGGAACGGCUACAUCAGUGCUGCUGAGCUACGUCACGUAAUGACAAACCUCGGGGAGAAAUUAACUGAUGAAGAAGUCGAUGAGAUGAUCAGAGAAGCGGACAUUGAUGGUGACGGACAGGUCAACUAUGAAGAGUUCGUACAAAUGAUGACGGCGAAGUGAGGGCCUUGUACAGAUUUCGUAUAUAAAUUUGCCUUUUUCUUUGUGUAAUUUAUCUGUAAAAUCUUAUUAACCCCCUGCGUCCCUGCCCCACUGCUGUCCAAAGGAACUGCAUGUAAACUGCAUAGGCUCUUGUCCCCAUGUCCCUUUUUUUUCUUUUGUUGUCAUGGUGUUUGAGUGACAAACGGUCAUCCAACCAGAUGCCUGCGGAGGCCCUUGGGAGCCGGAGGACCGACUCCUCUGUAUUGUGCUCAGGGCCUUUUCUGGCAAGGCGACAUUGGCAACCUGUCAGCUGGUUGUCACUUGGCAACACCGUUGGCAUGGAAACAAUGUAGAGGAGUUGAAACUCUGCAUGGACUAUGGACAAAGUAUAUGUGGGAAAUCUCUCAGCAUUGCACUACUGCAAAAAAAAAAAUGACACGGGUGUAUCUCCUAGGUACUCGUACAAACUCUUUUUGUAUCUGCUGUUCUAUAUACCAGAAAAUGACUAAUCUUACCAUGCUUUUUAAUGUUUUACUCACUCAUUUUCUUCUUUUUUUUUUUUUUUAUGGCCUCUGGCCAUGCCUCAAAUAAUCCAUUCCAAGUUGUAUAUUUUUGUUUUCCAAUAAAAUUUACAAUCUAUCCAGAUUGGAAAAUUGGUCUUUUCUCAGUUUUGAAUGACGUAACUACCAUUUUAUUUUUAUUUUUUGUAUUGAGGGCUGCAUGCUGUUUUUAAUGGCGAAAUACUCCUCCUCCCCCACUUUGCUUGUAUGUCACAUUUGAAACUGGUGUCACCUGUCAUUUCCCAAAUGCACUGAGGAGCAUUAGCCAAUGCCUCUUAACGUAAGAUGGUUCAGAUGAAAUCUUUUAGUCUGACAAAAGCAAAGUGGGGCAAAUUUUACAUCGGAAGUGUGCGCAACAGUAAUUGACAUUAGAAUAGUCAGGUGUCAUCACUGGCCACAGGCUGUGUUGUCUUCUGUUGGCAUUGCACCAUGUCUUAUUUAGCCUGGUCUUAGGGCGCUGGGGAAGGAGCAUACAUCAAACUGGUGUAAAUAAAGGUGUACUUUUUUUUUUUUUUUUUUAAGAUUUCUAGUUGAGUUUGUUACAGUAGCUUGCAGGUAUACUAAGUUGGUUAUUUUUGACAUAAUAAAGCUCUAUUGUUGACCACUG